AUGGCCUCAACGUGCAUUCAUGAUAGCCACCAGGUCUGCGCUUCAACUCCAGAUGGUUGCACCCGAAGGAGUUUCCUGGAUCAAUGUGACAUGUAUGAGUACAACUGUGACUACGGUACUCACGAAACUGAUGAUAUAACUCAUACUAAAAUAAGUCAAACUACCAACGACUUCACAAGUACGUCAGUCGAGACAUCUUUGACAGACAAUACCAAAGGAAACGAUUCGACGAGUGAUGAUAAGAUAAAUUAUGAUGAAACAAAUGAAACCUCGGAUUGGAUUACUCAAGAACACACCGAAAUAACAGAAAGUAUACAUACCGAAACAACUGAAAAUGAAAAUACUCAGCGAAGGAAUCAAAUCUGUUGUAACAGACCUCUCACUUGGGAAACUACCACUGAAUUAACAAAUAUUAUAACACACCUACAAACUGGCACAACCAUUAAGGAAGAUAGCGAGAGCAGUUCAAAAGAAAACACUAAUUACAUUUAUGAUAUAGACUCUUUACAGACAUUGCCCGUCGUAAGUGAAAUUACAAUUCCUGACAAAAAUAUAAGUCCAUAUGCCACUACCAAGAAACCUAGUACAAAACCAACAGACCGCUUACUAUCCGUGACUGAUGAUGCAAUAAAUAUAUUAUCAUCUUAUAAAAAACCAACAAGGAAAUGCAAGAAUGGAUGCCAAAGACCAUUAACAUGGUUUACCACCGCUAAAUACAGAAGAAAAGCUAUAAAUUCUAAUAUAAUGUAUGUAUGA